GCAGCGCUGUGCGCUUGACUUGAUCUGGUAACUUUGUGGGCGAACAGCACAUUUUUAAUGUUUACGCAAUUUUCAAUUUAAGCUCAAAUUAUACUCGUUUUCAUUGCAAUUCUGAAAGUAAGCAUUAAAUGAAGAUGUUGUCACAAGCAAUUGCUGCAGCAGCUGUUUGCCGGACAGGAGUCGUCGCAUUCCGGUGCAGCCGGCGUACCAUGAGCACGGCAAGAUUGGUGCGCAGUAUGGCCAGCAGCAGUAGCAGCAAGUGGCAAGUCAACUGUGGUGUCUCCCCCCAGCUGCUUCUCACGGGCAAUUUGCAGCAAUAUCGGGUGCGUCAAUAUGCCAAUGAAAAGAAGGUGUUCGAACGGACCAAACCCCAUUGCAAUGUGGGCACCAUUGGUCACGUGGAUCACGGUAAGACAACGCUAACGGCUGCAAUUACCAAGGUGCUGGCCGACAAACAGUUGGCGGAGAGCAAGAAAUACAAUGAAAUCGAUAAUGCGCCCGAAGAGAAGGCCCGAGGCAUUACAAUCAAUGUGGCACAUGUGGAAUAUCAGACGGAGUCACGACAUUAUGGCCACACCGAUUGUCCCGGUCAUGCGGAUUACAUCAAGAACAUGAUCACCGGCACUGCCCAAAUGGAUGGCGCCAUUCUCGUUGUUGCCGCCACAGAUGGUGCCAUGCCACAGACCCGCGAACACAUGUUGCUGGCCAAACAGAUUGGCAUCGAUCAUAUAGUGGUGUUCAUCAAUAAGGUGGAUGCAGCGGAUCAGGAAAUGGUCGAACUGGUCGAAAUGGAGAUACGUGAACUGCUCACCGAAAUGGGCUACGAUGGCGAUAAGAUACCCGUUGUCAAGGGUUCUGCGUUGUGCGCGCUCGAGGACAAGAAUCCAGAGAUUGGCUCUGAGGCUAUUUUGAAAUUGUUGCAGGAGGUCGAUAGCUUUAUACCGACACCAGUGCGUGAGCUGGACAAACCAUUCCUUUUGCCCGUCGAGAAUGUGUAUUCGAUUCCGGGGCGUGGCACUGUCGUCACCGGUCGCCUCGAGCGCGGUGUCGUCAAGAAGGGCAUGGAAUGCGAAUUUGUUGGCUACAACAAGGUGCUCAAAUCAACCGUGACCGGUGUGGAGAUGUUCCAUCAGAUUCUCGAGGAGGCCCAGGCAGGCGAUCAGCUGGGCGCCUUGGUGCGUGGCGUCAAGCGUGAUGACAUCAAACGUGGCAUGGUCAUGUGCAAACCGGGCAGCGUUAAAGCCCUCGAUCAAUUGGAGGCGCAAGUCUACAUCCUGUCCAAGGAGGAGGGUGGUCGCACCAAACCCUUCAUGUCCUUCAUUCAGCUGCAGAUGUUCUCACGCACCUGGGACUGUGCGGUUCAAGUCCAAAUACCGGACAAGGACAUGAUUAUGCCCGGCGAGGACACCAAACUCAUAUUGCGUCUCAUCCGCCCGAUGGUCUUGGAGCAGGGUCAACGCUUUACGCUACGUGAUGGCAAUCUGACUUUGGGCACAGGUGUCGUCACCAAGGUCAUGCCACCGCUGAGCGAGACACAGCGUAUCGAGCUGACGGAGGGUAAAAAGGCGCGCGAGAAAAAAGUUGCUGCCAAAAAGUAAACAUAAAAAAACAUUGUAUUUCACACCAUUUUCUAUCCUGCAAGUCUGUCGUUAAUCAAUAAAAUACAUUAAAAAAAUAUA